AUGAAAUUCGUAUUAAGAGAAUUAAUUGAAAAUCAUGGAAAUUUAUUUAAAAAUAUUGUUUCAGAAAUUAUGAGAGAAUGUAGUAGAGUUAAUUAUAAACCUACAUUAGAAUUAGUACAAUAUAGCAGUUUAAUAUUUCUGUUGGAUCCAGAGCAAAAUAUUACAUUUGAAAGUGAUAAAGAAACUGUUCAAUCAUUUGUUGAUUAUUGUGUUAAAAAAAUUAUUGAUAAUGAAUCGCCUUUCAUUAAAACGUUUGCACUACAGCAUAAUUUUCUUGAAACAAAUUUUGAUGUCAAAUCUUAUACUGGAAGAAGUGUUCUAAGUGAAGCCCUUUUAAUGAAAGUUGACACAUUAUUCAACGAAAUUGUUGACUUUGAACCGUUAACAAAAGAAGAUUAUGAUAGUUUAUUUAAAAAAAUUUUAUAUGAUAUUAUUAUAAGUAAUAAGCUUGGAAAUCCUGCAAAUCCUGUGAUUGUGAAAGAAGUUACAAAUGCACUUAAGAGCGUUAUGACAAGACAAGAUUUACUAGAAUUUGCUAGUAUGAAAAGAAAACGUAGAACAGACACAUUAACAGAAAUGCGUAAAAUUGUAUGCGGAAUUAUGAUUUUUAAUCAAGAUGCUGGAGAGUGUGGACAUGAUAUGCGAAAUAUAAUAAAUGAUGUUAGCAUGGCUUUUAAAAACACCAGGAGCGCAAUUAACGAAUCAUUGCAGCGUGCAUCGAAGCAAGUGUUUGAAUGUAAUCAAACUAUACAAAAUUCGUACACCAUAGACUUUAAUUCCGACACAAUUACAUUUAGUGUUGAAGAUGAAAAGUUAAUUAACGAAUUUAAAGAAAUGUUGAUCUUACUAAUUCAGCACGAAUUUUAUAUAAAGAAAUUGGCUUUAAUUAUAUCAAUGAUAAGAAAAGAGAUAGAUGAUUAUUUUAAACAAUUUCGGUCAACCCUCAAGCAAUUACAUGAAUCUGUACAAUAUCGUGUUGCUGUGCCCACAGAAAUGGUUUUUCCAUAUUUUUCAGAAUUAGCCGAUAUUUGGCAAAACCUUUGGAAUUAUUUAUAUUUUAUGGUUGAAAUUAAUAGAUUAAAUGAAAAACUUAAUGAAAUUGCCACAACGAAAAAUUACGAAACUUUAUUAAAGAAAAUGAAAGAUCAAACAACGAAAACUCUUUUAGUGAAAUUUCAAGAGGACCAUUCAAAAAUCGUUCCAACAGAUGAAUUCGAAUGGAUAGAUCACUUUCCCGAAACUGAAGCGAAACGAUGUCCUAUACUUCAAUUUUGUGCAUACAUAUUUUGCAUUAGCAAUGGAGUGUUAAUACCGUCGGCAAUAAAUAUUGGUGUUUUAAAAUAUCAAGAUCGAUUAUAUGCAUUUAGUCACAUAAAGUAUGCAAGAAUUUUUGCUACUAAUGUACGAAAAUUUGAAAAUAAGUUUAUGGAAACCGUUAGGCGAAAUGUUCAACUAAUAGUUUAUUUAGGAUUAUAUAACGAUAUAAAAGAAUAUAAUUUCUUACCAGAUAUGGCUAAAGUAGAUAUAGCUACCGAUAAUCAAUUUCAAAAAUCUGUCGAAAUUCAAACAGAACUACAUCCAGUCCCAUGUUACUUAAAAAAAAAUUACACUCAUAGUUUAUGGGAAAUAAGAAGACGGUGCCUUACAAUGCAUAGGCUAAGUAAUUGUGUUACAAAUUCAACACAAACUGACAUGUCAUAUUAUAAAUGA